AUGCAAACCAAGUAUUCCUCACUGGGAAGCCUGCCACGGGGGCCCCCACCUCCAAGCAGACGGCAGCAAGAGCCUGACUGUGUGCAGGUGCCUGCGAGGACUGGGCUGCAGGGAGCAGAGAGCGCCUGCCCUUUCUCCAACGAGACAGGGCUGCUCCAGGAGGGAGGGAGGGAAGCCCCCGGCCCCAAGCAGGACUCACACCUCCCCCAAGCCCCUCAGGGGCCACACCAGGGAGCCCAGGAGCAGCACUGCCCCCCCUUCCCGGCCACCCAGAGCUGGCACCCUGCUGCAGCCUGGGGGCGGCCCUCCGCUGGCCAUAAAGGCCCUUUCUCUGACGCUGUUUGUGUUGGGCCCCGCUCUCCUCCUCACAGCCCCAGUCACGGCCACGGGCCCAGCAGAGGCGCAGGGCCACUCAAGGGCUUGCUUUGUGGUCUUGAAGAUCAGGCGGGAGCUCAGCCCUGGAAGCCAGCUGUUUCCACCCUCCUGCUCAUCCAGGGGGUAAACAGGACCCGGAGCGGCCUCUGCCACCUUCCACCCCAUUCCUCCAACCCGUCCCAGCCCGGGCCUUGCCCAAUCCUGAUUCCAGAAAGAAACACACAGCCCCUGUUCUUCCUCGGCCCACGAGCCCCACUCUGCUGGAUUUCAAGCCUGGAUGCCUCCCAGGAGCCAUUGCCAAAGGCCUUGCUUUACGGAAUGACUGGCGCGCCCUCUGGUGGCCUCUGGCAGAAGUGCACAGGCCCGUGUCCUUUCCGGGGCUGGAAGAAGCCACUGCAGACCACAAACUGGAGCUCCAGGGGACAAAUUAGAUCUAUUGCUGUGCUGUUCAUAAACAAAAUAUUUGGGCCCAGCAAGCCACCUUGCUCCGAGAAUCACGGGACGCUUCUGAAAUCCAAGUUCCCAAACGCCAAGCUGGCAAGCAGGUAUUUCAGAAAGGUAACGAGGCCUUUCUGUGUCACGGCUCUGCCCAGUUCCCGAGAAGCCCAGGGUGGGCAGGAGGGAGGGUGCCACUCUGGGUGCUGUCCUCACAGGUGACUGGCAUGAGGGGGACACUGUGAUAUAAAGUAGAUUUGGCCUUUGCCUGGUUCCUGACCCAGAGCUCCUAAGCACUUCCUCAUUUCCUGAGUAACAGGAGCUUCCCACACUGAGCUCCCACAGCCCCAGGGGUUUCCUGGGUGGUGGGACAUUUCUGGUGGGCUCCUGGAUAGCCUCAGGGUGGGGACUGAUGACCCGGGAAACCAGCCAUGUGAUUUGAGGGUCGCACCACCUUAGCAGCUAGGGAGGGGAGAGGGGCCGGUGGCUGUGGCCAGUGAGGUACCCCUUCACUGGUGGUAACUGCAGGCAGAUAGGGUGUGGCUAGGGGAAGGAGGUCACGGGGCGGGGCGGGCCUUUGGAGUUUCGUUUGUCCCUGGUGAGUGGAGCCCUGGGCCCCGGCUGUCGUGUCCUGGUAGCUGUCUGCCCCAUCCCCUCCUGCCUCACCCCAGCCAGGCAGUGGCUGACCAGGGACUGAACCUGUGACACCAGGAGCCCAAAGAAAGUUUUCCUCCUCGUGAGUUGUCCCCAUGGAGUCUUCUGGUCACAGGGUCACAGGGAUGCAGAGCUGACUAAAACACGAUCCUUCGUCAUCCUUUUUAAAGUAAAAUUUAAUUUUGCUUUGCAAAUGUGUGAGCUAUCGUGGUUAAUUAGAGCAAGUGUGUGGGGAGAGAGAGAGAGAGAGAGAGAGAGAGAGAGAGAGAGAAUGAUGAAUCCUGCUGAACCUAACAGAAAUGUUCUCUGGAUUCAUUCCUUUGCACUCUUUCACAGAAUCCCAACACUGGGUGAUCUAGUCCAAUCCCUUAAUCUUUUUUUUUGUGUGUGUGUAUGUGUGUGGCGGGGUAUAACUAGG